ACUUGUGCUUCUUUCCACAAUGUGUUGAGAUAUAUAUCGACUCCUUAUUUUAUCUUGAAUUCAGCCUAUGAUGUAUUUCAAUUCCAUCAUAUAUUGGUGCCACCUUCUGCUAAUAUGCAUGGACAUUGGAACAAGUGCAAAUUGGACCCAGCAGCAUGCACACCACUCCAAAUCGCCAUAUUUCAAGAUUUUAGGCUCGACAUGCUUGCAACUUUGAGACCUUUCGCAAUCUAUUUGGGAAGAGGAGGAAUGUUCAUAAACUCAUGUUUUGCUCACUGCCAAAGUGAAUCACAAGAUACGUGGUUUGAAGAUGAUUCCCCAAGAAUAAACAAGACAAUUGCAGAAGCAGUUGGUGAUUGGUAUUUUAGCAGAAAAAGAAGCAAGGAAAUAGACUAUCCAUACCCAUGUGACACAACUUGUCACAAUCUUAUACCAUAUCCUCGUGGCCAAUAGAAGAUUAAAUUCAAAAGUUUUCAACUCUUACACCAGCUUUUCUGCCUCUCAUAGUAAAGUUAUUCUCUAAGAAAGGGUUCAAGGACCAUUUUUCAAGUACAGAAGAUACACAAGUAUACAGCUAUCAAGCAUGCAGCAGAAGCUUGACGAUCUAUGUGAGCAAUUAAAUAGCACUAAAGAGCUCUCAACGGCUACCUUCAACAAAUUAUCAAACAAGGAUGGAGAAUUGCAAUUGAGUGAGGCGUUUGGCUCUGAGAAAAUCAGGUUUGUUGAUUGUAGUUGUUGGCAUUGUGAACAACAUCAUGACCUUUUCAAUGAAUUGGUGACUAUGAAGCUCUUCUGUUUACU